UCAGGUGGAUCGAAUUGAAGAAAAUAUUUAAUUCAGGGCUAGCAAAGACUGAGCGACGCAACGCAUGCAUUUACGCACUAAUGCAAUGCAGCGAACUCAACAAGAGCAAAAGCAAUUGAAGCUGCAUCAGCAGCAACAGCAAACGGAAGACAUACAGCAGCAACAUCAUCACCAUCAUCAUCACCAACAGCAGCAGCAUCAACAACAGCAACAGCAUAACAGUAAUAUUAACAGCAAUGGGACGCACAUUGCUGGCUGCAGCAAUGCCACGCCCACAACGGCUGCAACAACGAAUGCAGCUGUUGGCGCCGCAGGAGUGACGCCGCCCCGUACCUUGGCACUGAACCAAAACUACGCAGCUUCGGACACAUCGGGGGAGCACGACGGGGAGACGGACUACCUGGACUCGCGGUAUGAGUGCGCCAUUUGCAUAGACUGGCUAAACGAGCCGGUGCUGACCUCAUGCGGCCAUCGCUUCUGUAAGAGCUGCCUCAGUGAUUGGCUGCAGAACCACAACCAAUGCUGUCCGCUCGACAACAAGCAGUUGUCCGCCGAGCAGGAUAUUUUUCCCGACAAUUAUACGCGUCGCGAGAUUGAGCAAAUCAAGCACAAGUGCCCCAAUUCGCCGCAUGGCUGUGCAGUGGUGGCCUCGCCAAUCGAGCUGCAUCGGCAUUUGCCCAGCUGCCCGUACCGCAGGCAGCAACAACAGCAGCCGCUCGAGGAGAAGUGCCCCUUCGCCAGCAUCAAAUGCGAUUUUGUGGGUCGCCCCGAGACGAACCAGUUGGAGGAACAUCUCAAAACGGACAUGCCGCACCACAUGCAACUUAUGCUGCAGGCAUUCCAACAAACUGCCAUCGAGACUUGGCAGCCACACAAGCCCAGCUCCAGCUCUGCGCUGGAGAACGGCCACAAGGCGGGACAGCUGCCCCCGCCGCCGCAGUAUGCGAACGGCGUCGACGAGCAGAUCGUCCAGACCAUGUACCAGCGCAUCGUCGUGCUGGAGCAGCGCACACGCGAGCAGGAGACACGCAUCGAGAAUCUCAACAAGCAGCUGCGACGCCAGCAGCCCAUCGACGCCCGCUACAGCAACGGCACCAUCGUCUGGCAGAUCGAGCAGCUGAGCACCUUGAUAGAGCGACUGCGCGCCAACGCGAAUAACCAGGUGUACUCGCACGAGUGCUAUACGUCGCCGUAUGGCUACAAGUUCUGCGCCCGUCUCAACAUUCAGCCGCGGAAGCCUCACGUGCUUAGCCUGCACGUGCAUCUGAUGCAGUCGGACAACGACUUCCACUUGGACUGGCCAUUCAAGGGUCGCAUCAAGCUCUGCAUGGUGCACCCGGGCGACGCGAGUUUAUCACAGCACGACACCAUCAUGACCAAGCCAGAGAUACUCGCCUUCCAUCAACCGCGCGAGGCCAUCAGCACACGCGGCUUCGGAUUUCUCGAGUACGCCAACAUAUCCAAUAUCAUGCAACUGGGCUUCUGUGCCGACAAUCGGCUCCUGAUCAAGAUUGAGAUUAACAUUGUGUGAAUUGAAUCGCCUAGGACUAACUACUAGCCAUGUGCUCAAUAUACACUAGAUGCUUAUAUAUACAUACGAACGAUA